AUGUGCUACCUGGAUCCCGUAGAUUCACCGAAACUGAGACCUUAUCCCAACUGGAAAGCCCACGACAAACAAGGACCGAAUCCCCCUGAUAUAGUAUCUCCUUCCAGAGCCAGAGCUGAUACUUGUGGAAGGCUAUGGGUACUAGAUACCGGACUCGUCAACAUAUUAUCGGCAGACACCACAUCAGCUGUCAAUCCAAGGUUCGUAGUAUACAACUUGACCACAGACGAAAUCAUCUCCAGCUAUACCAUUCCCGAAGGGCAGUUCGACAAAGUUUCUAGCUUCUUCGGUAACAUAGCUGUCGAGGAGAACAACUGUACAGAUAGUUUUGCCUAUCUGGCAGAUUUCGGCAAACCAGCGUUGGUCGUUUACGAUUUGGCGAAGAACAGAUCCUGGCAAGUGAACCAUAACUUCUUCAACGUAGAUCCACUUGCUGGAAAUCUCAAUGUUUCAGGGGAAGGAAGGAAGGAUUGGUCCCGUGCCCUGAGAGCCCUCCAAACCUUUUGA